UCGGGUCGCAGCAGCAUUGGUGGUGUUGAUCACCCCGGAGCGAAUUAAAAAUGGGUGACGUUGAGAAAGGCAAGAAGAUUUUUGUUCAGAAGUGUGCCCAGUGCCACACUGUGGAAAAGGGAGGCAAGCAUAAGACUGGACCAAACCUCCACAGUCUGUUUGGGAGGAAGACAAGUCAGGCGGCUGGAUUCUCGUACACAGAUGCCAACAAGAACAAAGGCAUCACCUGGGGAGAGGACACCCUGAUGGAGUAUUUGGAGAAUCCCAAAAAGUACAUCCCUGAAACAAAAAUGGUCUUCGCUGGAAUUAAGAAGAAGGGAGAGAGGGUGGAUCUAAGAGCUUAUCUUAAAAAGGCUACAAAGGAGUAA